AUGACUUGUCUGAGACAUUUCUUCCUUCCUUCUCUCUUAGGAUGGCAGACUUCAGUGAAAAGUGGGAGUCUUUGUUAUGUUCUUCCUUGCAAUCGUCUGCCUGUGCAGCUGAUGAGUCAAGUGAGAGUUUACACCUCUAAUGGUCAGAAAAAAGAUCUUGGAUCAGAGGAUACAAAUGUAUCAAGUACUGAAGGCGCUGUGCCCAAAGGUGCAACAGGACAAGAAGCCAACAGUGCAGGUCAAAAGCAAUCUUUUCUGAAAGAGCCAAUUCAGGUGAAAGUGAAAGCAGUCCUUAAAAAGAGAGAAUAUGGACCAAAAUAUACACAGAAUAACUUCAUCACGGGAGUCAGAGCAAUAAAUGAGUUCUGUCUUAAAUCCAGUGAUUUAGACCAGCUGAGGAAAAUUAAACGACGAAGUCCCCAUGAUGACACCGAGACUUUCACUGUGUACCUGAGAUCGGAUGUAGAGGCAAAGUCUCUUGAAGUCUGGGGGAGUCCAGAGGCUCUUGCUAGAGAAAGAAAACGCCGUAAAGAGGCAGAGAUCGAGUACAGAGAAAAUCUAUUUAGAAACCAAAGGCUGUUGAAAGAAUACAAGGAGUUUUUUGGAAAUACUAAGCCACGGUCCAGUACAGCAGCUAUGUUUCUCAAGGGACCAGGAAAGGUGGUAAUGGUAGCUAUUUGCAUAAAUGGACUGAAUUUUUUCUUCAAACUACUUGCUUGGGUUUACACAGGUUCUGCAAGUAUGUUUUCAGAAGCUAUACAUUCUUUAGCAGACACUUGCAACCAGGCAUUACUAGCUUUGGGCAUCAGUCAGUCUGCAAGGACACCUGACCCUAGUCAUCCGUAUGGUUUCACAAAUAUGCGCUAUAUUGCAUCUCUGAUUAGCGGAGUUGGAAUUUUCAUGAUGGGUGCAGGACUUUCUUGGUAUCAUGGAAUCAUGGGUUUACUCCAUCCUCAUCCUAUAGAAUCUCUCCUCUGGGCAUAUUGCAUCUUAGCAGGAUCGUUGGUGUCUGAAGGAGCUACCCUUCUUGUUGCUAUAAAUGAAAUUCGGAGGAGUGCUCGAGCCAAGGGUCUCUCAUUUUAUCAAUAUGUUGUGCAGAGCCGUGAUCCUAGUACAAAUGUGGUGCUGCUGGAGGACGCUGCUGCAGUUCUGAGUGUGGCCGUAGCUGCUACCUGCAUGGGCCUGACUUCUUUAACAGGAAACACCUAUUAUGACAGCUUGGGGUCUCUAGGUGUUGGAACUUUGUUAGGAACUGUGUCAGCGUUUCUCAUCUACACUAAUACAGAAGCCCUGCUGGGGAAAUCCAUUCAACCUGAACAACUGCAGCGACUUACUGAGUUACUGGAGAGCGAUCCUGUCGUAAGAGCAAUUCAUGAUGUUAAAGCCACGGACAUGGGAAUGAGCAAAGUGAGAUUCAAGGCAGAAGUAGACUUUGAUGGACGGGUUGUUACUCGUUCUUACCUGGAAAAACAAGACAUUGAACAGCUGCUACAAGAAAUUCAACAAGUGAAGACUCUUGAAGAGCUAGAAGCGUUUAUGCUUAAGCAUGGUGAGAAUAUCAUCGACACGUUGGGAGCUGAAGUAGACAGGCUUGAGAAGGACCUAAAGCAACGAAAUCCUGAUGUUCGUCAUGUGGAUUUGGAAAUACUAUAGACUCGACAGAAGAAGUCUUUAGGUUGCUACCAUUUGGGAAAGAAGCUGUGGGAAGGGAUGAAGGGCUCCCGAGACUGCAGUGACCGCAGCACCA